AUGGUCCUGACCGUAGCGUUUAACGCUGCUGUCUUCCUCGUCUCCGUGGCACUGACGAUAGGUUUCGUGCUGCUAGCUGCAUGGAUCUACGCCCCUAUUGCCGAAGCCAAGAGACUUGCAGAGGAAAUCGAUCCGGUACAGGAAGUCACAUACAAAGACCCAAAUGAUGACAACAAAGUAUUUCCAUUUGGGUCUUUAGGUGAUGAAGAUGCGGAGAUAUUAUUGACGGUGAUUAUUCCAGCGUAUAAUGAAGAGGACCGUAUUCUAGUGACGAUUGAAGACACUGUGGCAUUUUUGGACGAAAAGAAGCAAAAGGACCCGUUGUUUACAUACGAGAUCAUUGUAGUCGAUGAUUGUAGUCUAGACAAUACAGUGGACGUGGUCCUGACUCAGGUACAAAAGUACUCUGUCGACCGGAUUCGACUUUUGAAGCUGCAAAAAAACCAUGGCAAAGGAGGAGCUAUUCGUAAAGGUGUCAUGCGUGCACGUGGUGAACGAGUGUUGUUUGCUGAUGCAGACAAUGCUACAGAGAUUAAAGACUAUGACAAAUUGGCGCUUGCAUUGGAGAAAGCUCAAUCAUUAGGGAACAAUGGAGUUGUUGUGUGUGGUAGUCGUGCACAUUUGGAAGAACAAGCCAUUGCUACGCGUAACCCGCUCCGGAACUUGUUGAUGCACGGGUUCCACUUGAUUGUGUCGACGCUGUGCAUUAAAAAUGUGCGCGACACGCAGUGUGGGUUUAAGCUCUUUGACCGCACUGCGGCACGUGUGUUGUUUGCCCCGAUGCAUAUAGAACGAUGGGCUUUUGACGUUGAAUUGCUGUACCUCGCUGCCAACAGUAAAAUGACAAUCAAGGAAGUCGCAGUACAGUGGACGGAGGUACCAGGGUCCAAACUGAGUGUCAUCUCGGCAACUAUUACGAUGCUUCGCGAAAUUAUUCUCAUCCGUUUGUGCUAUUCUGUCGGCAUUUGGAAAAUCACCGAUGGUGGCUUCCGUCUUGCCAAACGAUCGUAA